AUGUGGUUUUCGGGUUGUGGUUGCCUGAGGGGGGCGUGCUGUCGAGCUGCCGGAAUGCUUGUUGUGGUCGUUGGGCAGGAAGGGUUCCAUCGGCAGCUUCGACGGUUAAAUCCAUCUCACAGGAUUCUAACACCUUUCAAGUCAAAAGGUUUGAUUUCUUUAGAGGUAAUAAGAAUGGCCGAGGCUCAGAGCGGUGAGGUCGUGUUGGUGGAGCUCCCUGCACCUGCUUCAUGGAAAAAAUUGUACACGCCAACGAAGGGAACACCAAGGAAGAAUGAAAUUUCAUUUAUUGCUCCUACUGGUGAGGAAAUUGUUAACCGAAAACAGCUGGAGAAGUACUUAAAGGCUCACCCUGGAAACCCUGAAAUAUCGGUAUUUGAUUGGAGCACUGGUGAGACUCCAAGAAGAUCAUCAAGGAUCAGUGAGAAGGCCAAGGCCACACCUCCAUCUAAAGAGAGUGAGUUGCCAAACAAGCGGAGGAGGAAAGCAUCAGGUAGUAAGAAAGACGAGAUUAACACUGGAAAAGACGAAUCAGGAGGGAAGAAAGAGGUUAAAAAACAAGAUGAAGUUGAUGAGAACAAAGAACAAGAGAAGCAGACUGAUAAUCUGAUGGAUUCUGAGGCUAAGAGGGAAGACGAAAAGCAGGAAGAUCCUAUGACUGAAUUGGAUGAGAAAGGGGCCAAGGAAAAUGCCAGGACAGAUGUUGAGAUGGGCGGUGAUAACCAGGGGAAUGAUAAGGAUGAACCUACUGACAAAAGGGUUGAAGAGACUUCAAAGGUGGAAGAAAAACAGUUAUCUGGAGUGGAAGAGAAGCCGGAUUCUGGGUCUGCAGAACUUGGCGUGGAUGACGAGAAACAAAUCAAGGAAUUUAGCGUCCCCAUGGUAGCUGCUGAUGGAGCUAAAAAGGAGAUUCUUGCUGCUGCAGCACCUACAUCUGCGGCACAAAAUAAUGGAAUCCAGGAUAUCAUUGGGAAAACUAAUUUGCAGGUGGAGGAUGAAGAGAAGAUCGUGAAUGGAGACAACGUGGAAAAUGGCAAGGUGAACUCAAGGGGGGCAACAUUUACCCCAAAUCAGCCUUAA